AUGAGUCCAAGCAAAUCUCGUUUUUUCAAGCAAAAUAGGAUUCUUGAACCACAUGUGCAAAGGAGACUUGAAUUAAAUGACAGUGCAGGAAUUAGGAUGAACAAAAAUUUUACUUCACUUGUGCUUGAAGCUGGAGGGCAUGAGAAGUUGUCAUAUUUAGAGAAAGAUUGUAGGAAUCAUAUGGACAAAGUUCGUCGUUUGAAACUCGAGAAAGGAGAUGCCACUGCAAUGUAUGAUUAUUUUGUGAAAAUGCAAGCUGAUAAUUCAGAAUUUUUUUAUGUCCUGGAUUUGGAUGAAGAGGGCAGAUUACUAAAUGUAUUUUGGGCUGAUGCAAGGAGUAGGGCUGCAUUUAAAGAGUUUGGCGAUGUGGUUACAUUUGACACGACAUACUUGGUAAAUAAGUAUGAUAUGCCCUUUGCCCCAUUUAUUGGGGUCAACCAUCAUGGACAGUCGACAUUGUUAGGUUGUGGACUCAUUUCACAUGAAAAUACAGAAACAUUUACAUGGUUGUUUAAGUCUUGGCUUGCAUGCAUGUCUGGAUGUCCUCCAAAUGCUAUUAUUACAGAUUAA